AUGAGAAUCGUGGAGGUACUUAUAUUUCUAACCUGUCUCGUUGUAUAUGUAGAUAAUGCGAACUUCGUUAGCGAUUCUAGAUCGCUGUAUCCCAAAAUGAUCCGAACAAAAAGUGCCCAUCAAUUUAUCACUUUCUACAUGGGAACGUUUCGAGACUUCUUCAAAAACACCUCAAACAUCAUGUAUCAUUUCAACUAUUAUGAUGAAGGGGUCAAGGGAAUUGGAUGUUAUAUGGAGAAGGAAAUGGAUUAUACUCGACUUCGAAGUUAUUUCGAGAGAUAUGCCACAACUCAUCGUGACCCAGAAAUCAAAGUGAUCGCUGCCUUGAUGAUCAGAGGAGGUGCACACAUGACUGCCGAAUUCCACGUCACCACCAAACAGAAGUGGUUGGGAUUUAAAGACCAUUUUCAUAUAGUAGUUAGGGUGGUAAAUGACGAAACCGUCGGAUGGGGAGUCCGCCACCUGAAUAUGGCUUUCGACUGCUAA